AUGUCAGCGACGUGUUUGAUAGAUGUGAUGCCUCAGCUUAACAAGACCUUGGAGUCGGCGCGAGCACAGGCCACAUCGACCAUCCUUGAAGGCAUGGAACAGGCGAGAGAUGCAUCUCAGUCGCCCAGGGUGGCAGCUGAUCUCGUGUUUGCGGUAUUCGGACUUGGAACUUCGUCCCACUGGGCGGCUUUCACUGACCAAAAACACCCGUGGUUGGAGUUUGCUCGAGAAUUGCUGUCCAUCUGGAAGCUUGAGCUCUCCAAGCUUGACGAGCUGUUACACGAAUAUUUUUGUCAGGCUCUCACCUACUGGGAAAUGAUUGCACUCACGGGGAAUUGCAGCUCCAUUCCUGCGAAGUUGCAAAGAAAGCGACGGCAAUACCAAGAUCGACUUCGAUUAGCGAUGCAUUUGCCGAAUAGCAAUAAUAAUACAUCCUACGAAGCUCCGGAGAUGUCUUGGGUUCCCCGUCCAGAUCUCUUCGGAACACGGCCAAAUUCAUGGUGUGGCGUUUCGAAGGAGGUCAUCGACGUCUUUGGGCAAGUUCUGGCUUUGUGCCGCAGCGCAUGCGAAACCAACAGACCUCGAAGCACGCUGACUGUGCUAACGACGAGUAAUGUCCUCUGUGACAUGGCUCUAGCGCACGAAUUCCAGAGAGAGCUUCUUGGUAUGGACUUCGAUGCCCUGAUUCUUCAGGAGGAGGAUCACGGGUUUCCCGUGCAGACGCGAGAUGACACCACGCCCAUCUCACAUCUGCUGCUGACCGCGGAAGCUUAUAGGCAGGCUUCGCUUCUACAACUGCAUCUGAGUUUCAAUGACCUGGAAAUGAUACAACAUUUGAAGGGUUCUACGAGCACACUAUUCACUGGACAAUCAUUUCAGAUGAAAGGAGAUGAGAAGGCGCGGGCACAAUUCCUCCUCAGAAUGACACUCGAGCUCGUGGGAAUACUUAGACGAAUUCCUGCCGAGUCUGGCUCGAAGUCUAUUCACCCAAUGCUCUACGUUUCUGCCGCUGCAGGGCUCCGACAUGAUACUUGGACAGAAACGCAAGAUAUCUCCUCGGCUUCAGUCCCUGCUAAGGAGGCCGGUAUUGUCACAAGGGCUACUUUGAGUGAGGACCAGGGCUCGUUUCUCCCGGCACACUCUAUGGAGAUAUCAGCCGCGAGGAAAUUUGUCUGGACACGGCUGAGCGGUCUCCAACAAGCAUUCCCGGAGAGAACGAGUGAUAGUACACUGCGGCUUGUUAAAGCAAUAUGGAAGGAGUACGACGACUCGCCGUCUGGUCAUCCGUGCACACAUUGGCUUGACGUGAUGGCAGAGACUGGUCUUGGUAUUACGUUGUGGUGA